AACAACAUGGCGGCUCGGAGGCAGAAAGCGGGAACAGUCUCAUCAAGUUUGGAAGCCACUUCCGACUCCACAAGCCAUGUAGAUGUUGAUCUAACAAAGAAACUUUCACAACCAGAUAAGUCUGUGUGGUGUCCAAGACCGUAUACAAUCUUCAAACUGCUACUGUCAGCAAGAUUCUGUUCGGCAUUUCUGAGUAACAUAUCAGACUGUGAUGAGACAUUCAACUACUGGGAACCUAUGCACUUUCUGAUGUUUGGUUCUGGUUUUCAAACCUGGGAAUAUUCACCAAAGUACGCCAUUAGGUCCUAUGCUUAUCUGUUGUUACACACUGUUCCUGGGAAACUACAGAUCCAAGUGUUUGAAGCAAACAAGCUGCUGGUGUUUUAUUUUCUACGAUUUGCUCUUUCAAUAUUCUGCGCAGCUUGUGAGACAUAUUUCUACAGUGGAAUAAUAAAACAAUUUGGGAAUCAUGUUGCAAGAAUAGCUGUUGUUUUUAUGAUUUUUAGUACUGGGAUGUUUAUAUCUGCAGCUGCAUUCCUACCCAGUACGUUUGCUAUGUACAUGGUGAUUUUAUCUUAUGGAGGAUGGUUUUCAGGAAAUUAUGCAGUGGCUGUCUUAGCAACAGCAGCUGGUUCCCUGAUUGGUUGGCCUUUUAGUGCAGUUCUUGGAGUUCCUAUCGCAUGGGACAUCAUAGUACGUCAAAGAAAAAUAAUGUAUUUUAUACAAUUAUGCCUUAUAUCACUUAUAGUAUUUCUGGGACCAUUAGUGUAUAUUGAUUCCUUUUUCUAUGGCAAAACCGUGAUUGCCCCCCUAGGUAUUGUGCUGUACAAUGUAUUUGGCAAAGGUGGCCCAAGCCUCUAUGGCGUUGAGCCGUGGUCGUUUUACUUCUUAAAUGGGUUUUUGAACUUCAACAUUGUAUUUCCUAUGGCGCUGCUCGCUUUACCUGCCUGUGUCUUUAUUAAACUGGUGAUGACUGGGAAAUCGCAGGAAAAGAAAUUUCCGUCGUCAGUGUUACCAAUUUGGCUUUCACUUAUGGGGAUGUACAUUUGGAUUCUAAUUUUCUUCACAAGACCUCAUAAGGAGGAAAGAUUUCUGUUUCCAAUCUAUCCGUUCUUUUGUUUAUUCGGAGCUGUAACGCUUACCAACUCACAGAAAUUAUUCCAUGGGCUUUUCUUUAGCGGAAGCAGACAUCAUUACUCGGCUUCUUCCACAUGGUUUGCAGUCUCUGCUUGUGUAGUGUUCUCAGUUUUGUCUUUGUCAAGAUCAAGUGCUCUUUAUUAUGGUUACCACGCACCGAUGGACCUGUUUAUUGAGUUGAACCAUAUGUCGUCUAAACUUGAGGAGCCCCUUCCUCAGGGCAAACAAAUAAACCUGUGUGUUGGAAAGGAGUGGUACAGAUUUCCCAGCAGCUUUUUUUUACCCUCGGAAAGAUGGCAUCUACAGUUUAUUCGUUCCGAGUUUCGAGGUCAGUUACCAAAGCCUUAUGCUGACGGACGCAACGCUACAAAAAUUAUACCAACCCAUAUGAAUGACAUGAAUGAAGAGGAGCCUUCAAGAUAUAUGUCCAUCUCAAAAUGUGACUUCCUCGUGGAUUUAGAAACAGAAAGGGAAACUGAACUUGAACCAAACUUUGUGAAACGAACCAAGGACUGGGAAGUGGUGCUUCAGAAGCCAUUUCUGGAUGCAGAAAGAUCUCACCGACUUUUCAGAGCAUUUUAUAUUCCCUUUGUCUCCUACCGCUUCACAAAAUAUUCAAACUACGUUUUGCUGAGAUCACUACGAAAGACCAGUGCGAAGCCAAAGAAAGGAAGAGAUAGAAAACCUGUUGUCAAGGAAGAAGAUGCAACAGUUUAACUAGCACAGUAUUUAGGAAGAGACAUAGCUAUUGCCUUGUUUUCAAAUACAAGACAUUUUUCAACUAAUAUCGUCAUCACAGUUUCGUCUUCUGCCCUUACGUUUACCGGAAAGGAGUGGUCGUUUAGUUUCGUGUCGUAUUGUUUUCCUUUCGGGUAUCUUCAGACAAGAUCAUUUCGCGACGAACCUUCCUGAACAUGCUAAUGAACUUACGGCAGGCACGUUUUUCAUUAGGCCAUUUCCGAGAGACCCGAAGACUCCCUUUCAAAACGAGGAUAUAUGAUAAAACUGAUCUUGAAAUGAUCUGCUUUUCUCAUGCAGUUAAAAUGACGCGUCGCGAGUAAAAUCUUGUUUUUGGCCUCAAUCUUUGAGGAUAAAGGAGCUUAACAAUGGUCUUUUGUUUGGUCAGGGAUGUUACAUAAGUUAAAGUUGAGCGCGCUGUUCUCGGAGAUUACAAAUAUCUUAUCAGAUAAGAUGACCGUUCAUGUAUAUUCACAUCAGACUGAUUGAAGUUGAAAUAAACGAGAGAGCCACGCUGUGAGGUUAA